AUGCCACCGAAGAAGUACGUCGUCCCCCGCGCGGCGGCAACCGCGACCGCCUCCGUCGCCCAUCCGAAGCAGAGGAAGCCGAGGGCGCCGCCGUCCAAGCCACCGGGCAUGUCAAAUGCCGAGUGGAGGGCGGAAGUUCAGCGACGGGAGGCUGUCACCGCCGACCGGCAGAACAGGGCCAUCGCCAAGAAGACCCGCGACAACGCAGCGCGUGCGGCUGCGGCUGCCUCAUCGGCGGACCAAGCCGAGGCUGAGGCGACUCGCGCGGGGAUGAUGAAUCCACCCGGUAGCCACGCCCGGUACGCGCCCUGGGGCCAGCAAGGCGUCGACUCUCCGCAACCAUGGGGAUCGCCCUCGCCGGGCUACGCCGACGGGGACGCGCACGGUGGGUUCAACCCAAACGUCACCUUCCCCCAUGGACACCCGGCCCAGCACACGCCCUCGCCCGCCUUCGCCGGCGUGCAGUACCCUCCAUACAACUACUCGCCGCCCGCCUACGCUUCCUCCCCGACGCCCCCACUCCGCCAUGGCCGGACGGCAACAAAGGAGUCCAUCGAGCACUGCCUCGCCGACGCGCAGGCCCAGGCCGUCCUUCGAGAGGAGAAGACCGACGCGCGGUGGUCGGCGUUGAUGUCGAGCAGCGCCGUCAAGCUCGACCUGCUCCGGUCCAACGUCGCCGCGAAGAAGAGAAACACCGACCUGGUUUUCCUGCUGGGCGGGGCGGACAUGCUCCAGUGCACCGACGAGGCGGUCAAGGCGUGGUACUUGGCGGAGCGCGGCCUCAUCCUGAACCAGCUUCCCUCGACAACACCGCCGACGCCGCCGCCGCCGCCAAGCCCGCGUGAUGACGCCUCCACGACGCCCAGCACCACCGAAGCCACGCCGACACAGCCCAGCGCAGAAGCAGCUCCGACACCGCCAAGACCGCGCACGCCAACUCCGCCGACGCCUGGGGCAGAGCCCGCCGAGUGGUGCGUUGCGCACGCGAAGUUCUGCCGCUCUAUUUUUUGUACGCCGAACUGUGACUUGCGAUCGCCGGACUUGUGGCGUCUUUUGUGA